CAUUUGGCGGCUUUCAGUAAGCAAGCUAUGCGUUUCGUCCAUCUGUCUUCAUUGACAUUCGAGUGAGACCACCAGGACAAUGAAUGAAGGAGCACCGCCCGUGUCUUAUGCAACGCAUUCACGCAGUGCGUAGCCUGUCUGUCUGUCUGUCUCUCUCUCUCUCUUGCCCACUCAGCACGACCACAUCUGUGCCUUUCUCACUUCCCACAUACCCUUUGUGCCUGCCCUUGGGAACCAUCAAGGAAAAGAUGAAGGCAUGGAAUUCGACAGGGAUCAUAGCUGUGCAGCCAUCCCAGCCAAAUCACACACCCUCACGAUCUCGAAUGACAGCCAUUCAGGGAUCAAGAAUAUGAGACAGAAUCUCAUUUGGGAGGACGGAUGCAGCCCACACCCCUCUCCCUCUCCCUCUCUCUCUUACGAGACGGAAUCAACAAAACUGACAGACAGGCCAAAAUCGCAUAUAUCCCCUCUCACGGCAGCCAGCCACCCACCCACAAGGUCUGUCAAUCUAGGUAUCUGUACAAUCAAGACACGAACAAGGAAGGAGCGCUAUGGUGGGACCCGUCGCCACCUGUCACUCACUCUCUGUCGGACCAGACACUUGGUUAAAACAGGAAUGCCCAUAACCAGCGAAAGGACGCUUCCCUGCCCGCCCCCUGACCCACCCGGCCACCGACCCACCCUCCCUCUCUCUCAUUGUCUCUCGCACACACAUAAGUCAGUCAGUGAUGGGCAAGCCAGUGAAUUCCGGUCCCAUCCAUCAUCAGGUCUCACACAUGUUUUAGUCCUGAUGUAUGUGUGAAUGAAUGAAGGUAAGUGCCCUCGCCUGUCUGCCGUGCUGUACAGGAAGGAAAAGGCAGGCGAGAUGACAAGUCGAAAGGCGGCCGACAGAGCGGCAGGCAGACAGGCAGGCAGGCAGGUAGGUGUAUAUGAGCGAGCAUCUUAAAUAUGAAGACAAGGAAACAGACAGACAGACAGACCGACAGACAGACGGACGGACAGAACAGGCGCAACACAGGCAGGCAGGCAGGCAUAGAGAGGACACCCCCCCCCCCGUCUGUGAAUGAAUGGCGUCGUACUGGUGGCCUGCCGACACCCUCCCGUUACCCUGGCUAAAUACCAUUCCCAUCCAUCCAUUCACCCCCUCCGCCGGAGACAUGACCAUGACCAUGACCAUGACGCACGCACAGCCCUGUCAUCUCCUGGCCGGGCGGUAGUGUAGGGUGAGCGACUCUCCGCCCUGACGGAGAAUUGCUCGCCCUUCACCCCACAGCAGCAAGGAGACGACAGUCCACUGGCGACGUCUCACAUAUGCAGCAAGUAAGUAACACGGCUCUGUGUUCUUUUGCUGACAAGAAUCUGUCCGUGUGUGUGUGUGUGUGUGUGCAACUGCCUUGCCUAUGCAGCCCAGCGCAUGGCAAGUGCCGACUCCGGGCGAGAGGAACCGAGCAUUUGCCAUGCACUCAGCCGCUUCAGCAAGACAGUCACGCACUGACAGACAGCAGGAUCCUGCCGCUUUCCAUAUGUUGGCGAGGACCACACGCACUCACGAAUACGAUAGAGACGACGAUGCAGUAAGCCCCCCCUCCGCAGGACUACGAAAAAGACGACCAGGGAGCUCGUCACUGCUAUCUCACUCGGCGACACAAAUUUAUACGCACCGAGGCAAAGCAAACCAACGGAAAAACAAGCUCUACGCUCGUAUAGUGCUAGCCACUAUCGCCCCCUAGACGUCGACAUGAGCUCCAUGAUCCGGCUCCUCAGACCCCUUUCCUCCCCAUCUGUCGGGUCGCUUUCACCCUUACCCUCAGCCUCACCCUCGUCAUCAUUCUCAUAGCUCGGCACCCACAGAAAUGGGGCCAACGACGUGAGGUACUCACGGAGGGCCGCAUCCGUCUCCUCACCACUCACAGUCGAUCCCUCCCUCCUCUCUGCAGAUGGUGCGGACACAUCCUGAUUGCUGCUGCUCUCGGCAUUCUCAGCUGGAGCCGAUCCCCCCAGCUCGCUGAGGAUGCACGCAGCAAUGAUCAGCGCGCCGCCGAGGAAAUUGCUCUGCCCCAGGCUCUCGCCCAGCAGGAGCACCGAGAGCAUGGCGGCAAAAAGCGGCUCAGACGAGAUGAUGACUGACGCGUCGGUGGGCUUGACCUUGGAGAAGGCUUGUGUCUGGAGGAUGAUCGACAGGGAGGUGGUGAUGAGGCCGGUGUAGGCGAUGGACGUCAGGAGGGGGGGCUGCUGCCACAGGGGGGCGAGGGAGGCCAGCAUGGUGUCGAGGCCGCCCGACUGAACUGCUGCCCAGAUGAGCGAGCAGAGCCCCACGACGGCCACUUGGGCGGCUGAGAUGGCUACAGCGCUGCCCUUGAAGUUGCGCGACACUUUGCCCAACCGGAUAUACGACAAACCGAAAAACACCUGACGCCCACAAAACACAGAACACACAUCCAUCCGCAUCAAGGGUCGUGUGAGCGGUAGUGUGUGUGUGUGUGUGUGUGGGUGUGGGUGUGGUGUUGACCGGUUGGGCGAGUGCGAAGAGGUCUCCUUCUACAGGGGCCCGAGCGCCGCGCAGCUCUAGGACGCCCACACCAGCAACCGCCAAUAGGGCGGCGCCUAGAGCUGACCUGUCCAGAUGCCUCUUCAGCACGCUACUCACCAAGACGACAAACACUACCUGACGGGCAAGGCAAACACGAAACACAGAGAGAGAUCCAAUGCACAAUUAAUGUCACGCCCGCUCUUGCCCGCCCCACGCAUGUGUCCCCGCUCACCUGCAAUGAGCAUAUGAAUGCAGCCUUGUUAGCUGUUGUGGUCGCCAGGGCCAGGGCCUGGCCGAUGUAGCCCAAUGCGAUGUAUAGACCACACUCGGCCCCUCCCAGUAAUGCGCCAAUCGGUGCACCCAGGAGAAAAGGGGACAAAGCGAGCGCCUGAAGCGACACACAAGCACCUCCAUCUGUUGGAUGUAACAUUGUUCUCAGCUCCCGCUCCUCGCCCGCCCACCGCAAUAGAGAAACGCCCUGCCGCGUACACACUUGGCUCUACCGCCGCCACCUCCUCUCCCCCUCCCAAUGCAAGCUUGAUGACGGGAAAAUUGCUCGCCCAGAGGAACGUCAUGACGACCAGCACGCCUUUCCACAGGAGACCCUCAAUUGGCACGCCGAACAGCUCCGUUUGUGGCGGCUGCUGUGUGGGGAGUGGGGCAAACGAUGCCUCGAGCUGUGGAUCCCUCCUCCUGCCGCUGGUCGUGGGAGGCAGUGACGAUGACACGAGGGAAUCGACGAGCUCCAGGGGGUUGGGGAUGGCGUCCGUGCGCAGGAGUGGCACACCAGAAGCCUGCAGAAGGAACACAUGCGCGUGCCAACACACGUGGCGACCAGAAGAUGAUAAGAUCUGCCUUUAUUUCCUUCGCCUCACGUCUUGCCGAGUCGCCUUUUCGACGCUGCUGUCCAUGUCCUGCCUCAUCUGUGUCCGAGUCGGCGUCGCCAGCCGCCUCGUUGCCAGGGCAGGCACACCCACGAACGCGCUGCCGGCUGCAGAUGAGGCUCUGGUGAGGGCAAUGGUGGCGCCCUGAAGCACGAGAGCAGUCAGCAUCACGGGGGAGAGAGAGAGACG